AUGAACUUCUUCCCCGUUUCGCAUUUCUUGGAUGAUGAAAAGAAGUACAAGUUGUUGGCUAGUUGCUUCCCGUCAAUGAAACAAAUCGCUCCACCAACUGGCGAACAUGAAGAGGUUCACUCUUCGAGUACGACGAGAAGAAAUAUGGUGGUCGACGUGGGGGAGGCCUAUGAGGAUGAAAGUGAUUCGGACGAAGGACACGGCUCACAUGGAUCACACGUACAGUGCGCUCAAUCUAAUUUUCAACAGAAAAAACUU